AUGUCAUCAAAGAGUAGUAUUCAAGAGUCUGGUACUACAGCGGACCCUAGCAAGGCUAUGAAAGGUCCGACCUGUCUUUCUACCGGGAUACUGACCCGUUCUGCGGUACAUCAAGAGAUAGACCAGAUAAAUAACGAGGUCGAAGAUCUCAGGAGACAACUCCAACAGCUCUCACAAGUCCGUCAAGAGCCAGAGAAGAAGGUUCCCGAGGCCCCCAAGUACGGCGAGAAGUUGGAGGGCAAUGUGGAUAUGUCUGACUCUAUAGUGAAGUUGAAGGAGGUUUUGUCCAACAUUGUCCACCAGAAGGCGAGAACCUCUGUUAAUGAACCUCACGAGGUUCCGCUACCCGAUAUUGGCGACAUAUGGUGUGGGCCAACACAAAAGGUUCCAUAUGGCUAUUUCAAGUUCCAAGUCUUAGAACAAAUAAGACUCUACAGCCUAACCGGUGCCAAGGCUGUCCACUACCUGUUACGAUAUGUCAAAGGGGCGCUACACCCCGAGAUUAGAGAGCAUGCAUUGAAGACCAAUUAUGCUAUAGAUGAGAUAAUGCCUAAACUCGACGCUAAGUUCAACACCAAAUGGAGAGAUGAGAGCCUAGACUUUCGUUGGGAGUCAGCUGAGCUCUCUCAGAAGCGGAGAGAGUCGCCACUCGAUUAUGCAGCCAGGGUGAAGUUGGAGGCUAUGAUACUGAGCUCUAGAUUGAGAGGUCUACUACUCAAUGUUCGAGAAGAGGUGGCUCACCAUCUCGGGCCGAGAAUGGUGGACUUCGACGAGCUUGUCGAUAUUGCUGAGCACUUUUGGUCCCGUAACCCCGAAAGGGCUGAUGGCUACAAAAGUGGUGGCAAGAAGAACCCGGAGGGUGUCAUAUGCUACGGGUUCAAGCGAUCUGGUUAUUGCCGUCGGGGUGAUAGCUGUUGUUUCAAACAUAUCACUGAGAACAAGGUCGAAGCCUCCAAAACUGAGUUUCCAGCAACAUCGAAGGAUAAGCCCAAGACUGCCGUCUGA